CACAUUACAGCCCAGACGUACCUUCAUGUAUCUGUAGCUGUUUGUAUGAAUAAAGAGCCUGGAGCAGGAAGCUAAGAAGAUUCACCAAUUUGAGCUGAUUAUUAAUCAAGCAGUAAAGCAUCAUGCAUCAACAAAGGCCUGAGAAUCCAGAAGAAGGUCCUUUAGUAGAAAGGAACUGGGAGGCUGGCUACUCUUCUUCAUCGUAUGAUAAAUAUGUACAGGAACAGUCAGGAGGCAAGAAAUCUGUGGCUAACAGAAUGCAGCAGCAGUAUUGGGUGACCAAACAGAGUAUGAUCAAGAAACUUGGAAGGAAAGAAGAUGAACAUGUGAUAGCUGGUGACUCGGAGCUUGAUGCCAAAUUAGAAGUUUUCAAGUCAAUUCAGAACACAUGUAUGGAAAUGCUGAGAAUAAUAGAGAAUUAUCAAGACAAUUUGUGUGCAUUAUCUCAGGAGGAAGGUAGUAUGGGUCGUUUCUUGAAGCAGUGUAGUAGUGUUGAUAAGACGAGAGCUGGUAAGAUGAUGGCUGCGGUGGGUAAAGCACAGACUAGUUCAUCAGAACAAAGAUUGGCUUUGCGUCCUCCCCUUGCGAGACUGUACCAAGAGAUUGAGACGUUCCGUUACCGUGCUAUCUCAGACACACUCAUGACAAUCAAUCGAAUGGAAGGAUCGCGGUUAGAAUACAGAGCAGCUCUGCUAUGGAUGAAAGAUAUCUCUAAAGAACUUGAUCCAGAUACAUAUAAACAGCUUGAGAAGUUCAGAAAGGUUCAGGCUCAAGUACGUUCCACCAAGGCUCGCUUUGAGAAGCUCAAGAACGAUGUCUGUCAGAAGGUAGAUCUCCUUGGAGCUAGCCGCUGCAAUCUCUUCUCCCACACCCUCGCCUCCUAUCAGAACACACUCCUUCACUUCUGGGAGAAGACGUCAAGAACCAUGGCUGCGGUCCAAGAAGGCUUCCGGGGGUAUCAACAUUAUGAAUUCAACAUGCUCAAGGAGCUCUCGGAAACCAGUAAACAGCUUGCGGAGAUGACCGGAGCUAAAGAUGUAGUACCUGAUUGGGAUGGGCUAGAACAGAACGCUCAAGGCCGGUUGCAAACAAACGACUUGACACAGACCAGUAAACAGCUGGCUGAAGAGACUAAUCCUAAGAGAUCAAGUAGGACAGAGUUUGAUGAAGCACAAGAAGUGAUAGAGGAUAAAGAUACUCUUCAACAGGUUGCUAGGCAAAGAUUAAUAUCCCUUGGUGAAGAUCCUGAAAGGCACAUAGACCAGGGAGGAUCUCUAGACGCUAAGAACAAUGGUGUCCAUGACCCUUCAAGACAAGGAGCUAAUAAUCUACUUGGAGAGGAGAUGGAUCCUGCAGAGAGGACGGCUUUCAUGAAUCUCAUGGGAGGUCAGGAGGGAACAGACAAAGAUGACUUUGGUGCCUACAUUUCAGCUGACCUGCUAUCAGGUGACUUACUCAGUCAAGAUGAUAUGAAGGAUGAGAUGGAUUUAUUAAAUGAGAUCCUAAACACGCCCUCUGGUGUUUCGUCAGAGCUCCCUACCCCUAUAGAGGGCGCCGUACCAGGGGAGAUGGAAGGGGAACAACCCUCGACUGAUCAGGGUAUGGGAGGCUUCAUGCCAUCUGAUCUACUGGAGAUUACAUCUAUGAUGAGUGAAAUGCCCACAGGUUCCCCCGCCACCACACCCCAGGGUAGUAGGGAAGGGGGCAUGCCAGCUCCACCCCAAUACUCAGACCUCUUUGCUGAUAGAAUGUCGGCAGCCCAGCAAACCCCAGCAGGAGCUAACAAGACUGAUUCCAGUAAACCUCAAGCCUUCAAGAAGGGACAGAAGACAGACAUGUCUGCUUGGUUUAAUCUCUUUGCUGAUCUUGAUCCUCUCGCUAAUCCCGAUGAUAUUGGACAUGAGGAGGGAAAGGAGGUUGAAGAUAGGAAUUGUUAGCGUGGCAUCGAUGGAUGGAUUCAAUGACUUCAUAGCAAUCAAUGCAAAAAUAUAAAACCUAAUGUCGAGUUCUGCAGCUCUGCAACAUACAGUUUUGAUAUUACAUUUCUGUGAGAUAAAAUUAGUAAAGGAUUUUCUCUUUGACUAAGAUAUCAAAAUGUGCCAUUUUUAGAGAUGUGUUAUCAAAGAGGAACACAAUAAAAAUGUAAUGAUGAAAAAUUGGUAUAGUCCUGUUUGAUUAGCUUCUGUUGUAAUUUAAAAGGUCGGAUGUUCUCUCUUACAUUGGUUGUUUCCUGUUGUACAAUAUACAUUGCAUUUUUCAUGCAAUGUGUUAUGCAUCAGCCAUUUGCAUUGAUUUCUAUGAAGUCAUAAUCAAGAACCUCUUGUAUAUUUCUUAUUAGACAAAGAAUAUUGAAGAAGAUUAAUAUUAGAAAUUAACGCAUUCCAUUGUUGUACAUUCUCUGUGUUGAGUAUGUAAGGUGAGGAAAAGAUAUCUAGUAUUGGUAGGUUUUCAAGUAUGAGAAGAUGUAUUUAUGUGGAAUCAGCUUUUGUAAAGAUUAAUAAAGCUGCAUGUGUAUUAAGUGAUUUUGGAGAUAGUAGAUGCACAUUGAGAAGUUCCAACCAAGUUAAAUAGCUACAUAAGAAAUGUCUUUAUUUUAUGGGAAGCUAUUUUCAUGACAAAAAUUUGAUAGUAAAAAAGGAGGCAUCAAUGUAAGAUCCACAGAAUUUUUCUCACUGUAUGUCAAACCUUCAUUAUUACAUUUUGGUAUAUGUAUGUUAUAUUAGACUGCAUACCAAAUGGUAGGUAGUAUGGCAUUAGCAGAUAUGUACAAAUAUUUGUGAGUAAUAUAGUUAGGGCUUAAUUCCUUUUAUUUGAGAUGCCAUACAAAUAGGCUUGCCAAAUUGCCCUUGUAUUACUUUGAUAUAUUUUGAAAAUGUGUGGGGAAUAUAUUCUCAAAGUUCAAUUUUUAAAAAAAAAUCAGAAUUCCUUUUUAUGCAUGGAAAUGCACACACAGAUGACCUUUAUGAAGUAAUGAUUAGGCAUUCAAAAUAAUUUUAAAAUAGAACACAUUGAUAGAGUAUAGAUUUGUAAGUAUAUCUUUUUUCGGGUGAAAAUUCCAAGAUAUAGCCCAAUAUGCUGCUGGUUUCCAUAAUUAAUAAUAUUCACUUUAUUAAUUUGCAAUCCCAUAAUUAUUUUAUCUAUCAUUCCUUUGUGUUUCCUCUCUCAGAAGAAUCUAAAACAUAAAAGCCAGGUUUCAGAAUUCAUUAAGUUGAUGUCAGUAUUCAAAGUUUUAGCAUUUCUGGGGAAGUAGUCUGCAAGGUUUAGACACAGCAUCAUUAGUGCUUUAACAUUAUACACAGUCAAACUGUUCAAGAUUGCCCAUUGUCAAGCGUAGUGUUUCUUUCGUCCCUCCUGUUUUUCCUCCGAAAAUAGUUAAGAGUGUUGUUUGUACAUGUGUAUUAUCAAGAAAAAAAUUGACAUAUAUUGAACUCAUGCCGAAAGAUGGACGUAUGUUGACAGAUACAAGACUAGAUUAAGAUUGAUUUUGUUUUUUAUAUAUUAAGUGUGUUGCAGGAUAUAUAGUUCAGAUGAGAUGUUUCAUGAUUUAUACUUUCCUUUAUUAGUUUUUGCUAUUUUGGAUGUAUAUGUCUGAUUCUUGUAUGUAUAGAAGUGAUGUAUCAUGUUAUAGUUAUUAUCCCUAUUUCCUUGUCUACAGAUGGUAGUGGGCUUCUUUAUUCAAACACAGAAAACCGCUGAUUUAGAAGGGGAAAAACAAGUUGAUCUAUAUAGCGCAGCUACUAUACACAUGUACUCUAGUGCACUUUACACGAUGUAUCAUAUUAUUACCCUGGCUGUAUCUGAGCUGCCAUGAUAAGGGGUUUAAAAACAUUUAAGGAUUUGUUCCUACCUGGUGCCCAUUAACUUUACCAGGGUGGAGAGUGGCAAAUAGAAAUAAAUGUCUUGCCAAAGUGGUUGGCCCCACAGCGGGACCCUAACAUUCCCAUGUGAUCCACAGUCUAGUGAUAUACCCACUAGCCAACACCACCUCUACCUUUUUUAUACAUAAAUAAAUGGCAAGCAGUGAUGGAAAUAGUAGUUAUCCAUGACAAAGAUACUACACCUACUCUUUGUUUCUUCAAAGAUUCAGGAAAGUGAAGCGUGUUCCACUACGUCAUGAAAAAACCCUACCAUGUCAUGUGUAAUCAAGGUUCAUACAGUGUUGCUAAAGUGUACAGGGGUCUAGCACGAUAGCGAGUAUGCAAACUCAAUUUUUAAUUGUAUGUGCUGGAAUUUGUUUAAUUAUUUUAACUUGAUUUUUUUUAAUUUUUUGUUUAGAUUUUCAAAUGAGGUUUUGAGAUGAUCUCUAUCUCUAUCAAACCUAGGCAACAUCAUCUAUUGAGGGCCAGAAGGACCUUAACUCUUAUACAUGUAGUUUAACAUAGACUUCAUGCUUUCUGGCUUACAUCAGAUGAUAUAUAGCUUGACCAACACUCUGACUCUCAUCUUACCUCUAGCCUUUAAAUGCCAAAGUAGAAACCAUAAAUCUACCACUGUGAUCAAGUUUGUGCUAUCUUCAAUAUUCUAUGAAUGUUUAAUAAGAAGUGCAUUUAAAUGUCAAAAAUGUGAAGUAUUCUCAAGUCUAUUUCAGCUACACAGUCUUACUUGUUUGAGUUGUUUCCAUAUGAUUGAUUUUCCACUCUAGCCCACCUUCAGUCAUCCAUAUUCCAUGGUGUCAAUAUUUACUCCUCAUGCUUUGUUGAUUUUGGUAGUACUUAAAGAAUCCAAGGCCUGUGCACAAAUUGAGUGUUUUUACUGAGGUACUUUGUAAAAAAUGUACCUUAUCAAAAAAGAGCACAAGAGUCUGAUUUCAAUUAUUCAAGUGUUCUUUGCUAUCAGAUUUCUUGUUGUUUUCCCCAUGUGAAAUGCUACCAUGAUAUGGCUGUAUUUUGGAAUAAUGUUGCUGGUAAUGGUUUAUCCUUGUUUAAUUUGCACACAUUUCUGGAAACUCUGUGGAUAUAAUGAAUGGAUUCACAUUGUAAUUGAUUAUAAUUUAAUUUCUAUUUGCAGGCUGUAUGCUCUUUUUUAAUAACCUUUAUAUUCUAUUUUCAAAAGCACCAUACUUGUAUAUGUAAAUACUGAAGCUUCUCAAAUGAAAUUCAGAUUAUUGAGGGGGGGAGAACAAUGUAUUACAUGCUUGGAUUCAGUUAUUUGUAUUAUUUGUUUCAAUGUAGUUUUUUCCUUGUACAACACAUGUACAUGCAUUAUUGUUCGUUUUUUUUGUUAAGACAUUUUUUUCCUGCAAUUAAUAUGUUGUUGCAAUUAUUAUAAGAGUUAUUUAAUCACAAGAUCUGCUUCUAAUUUCUCCAUUUAAUUAUGUGCUAUGAGUAUUACUAUUGUGCAAUCUGGAAUAAGGAACUAUCAAGAAUUAUUUUGUUCUGUUUGUAUAUAACUUCGGACUUUGAUGUAGUAUGCUUGUAUAGUUAAGUUUCUUUUCUCCUUUUUUCCCUUUUAUGAUAGUUUUCCUGUUUGAACCUUUCAUUAUGUUAUUCAUAGUUUCCCUUGGGGCUGUAUUCUGCAAUAGUUUUCAUUGUAUUUUAGAUUAGUUGUAUUAAUCAAGGGAUUAACUGCACUUUCUCAAGUGAUUCCAUAGGAUAUGGAAUAACUAACAACAUACACUCCUCAGUCUAAUGUACCCUGUGUAAUGAUAAAGGCUACAUGCAAAGCAGAGCUGUUUAGGGCUGUCCCAUUUAUUUGCUAUUGCCAUCAUUGGAAGGUAACCUGUAUGUAAUCCUAGAACGGUCCCAUUUCAUCUGUCCAUUAACAAAUGUAUGUGUAAUGUGACAACGGUACUAUUUCAAUGGUUUAAUAUAUGUAUCAAAUGAUUAGUAUUCACCAAGGAUUGAUAGACAAUAUUGAUAGAUGCAUGAAAGUAUUAUGAGGUUAUACAUUGGAAUUGUGGAUGGGCAUACAAGUCAAUGGUAUACGGUUUAUACCUUCUAUUUAUAUUCCUGUGUACAUCUUGCUUCAAUGAACUGUAUGCAUGAUUACAUACAUGUAUAUCAUGUUUCAAGGAGUAUUUUGUCUCAUUGACUGGUGAUCUGCAGUAAACCAGGAUAUCCCAGUAGACUGACAGCCCACAAGAUUAAUACCAGUGUGAUCCCCUAGAAAAGAUGUGAGAAAAAAAGUGAGACUGUUGGUCUCAAGGGCUGUUGGUUUCAUAAGCUGUAGCCACAGAAACUCUCUGGAAAAGCCUUAACCAUAAAACAGAAGAGGCUUUUCCCAUUUUACCGGGUACUUCAUUAGUUCAAUUGAAGAGGAAAUUAACAUUUUGUUCGAAUUAAUGAGUAGCAUUUAGUUGUUUUUUUCUGUAGUAUUUGUAUUUUCAUCGAAAUUAUUUCAAGAAUACUUGAGUAUUCAGUUCUGUGUAGCUUUAUACUUAAACAAUGGUCACCCAGUGUACUCAUUUAGUGGGUAUGUAGACACAGUGCUUGCUGUAAUCUAUAUGAUUAAUAACAGAUUUUCACUCAGUACUUUCUCUUUCAUUUGUUAUGUAUUUAAAGUCCUUAAGAGUGUUUUCUAUGAUGAGGAAUCAGUUAUUUUAGGACAGACUUGAAAUGUCUGUAAAUCAUCAUCUUUGUGGUAUUGUACUGUACGAGGUGUAUUUAUCAUUCAUGUAGCUAUGUUCAUUGGCCACCUUUUGGUACUAAUUGUGUGUUCAUGUGAAAUAGUACUAUUCAAACUUUUCUAUACUAGUUUCAUCAACAAGGAUGUCUUGGUCAUUUAAUGUUCCCAUGUAUUCACUGUGGCAAUGGCAAAUAGUUUGAUGUACGUUAUUAAACCUGUAUUAGUUUCAUGCAUUCAUGUUUUAAUGUUAACCCCAAUCCCACUCCCCAUGGCAAUUUUGUAGAGCUAAUUUUAGUACUAGUUUUCUUUGCAGCUAUUUUGUAUAUACUUUUAUUCAUUUGGGCCGGUACAUUCCUAAUGCUAUGGCAUAUUAUUUCUGUUUUGAGUACUGUUGAGUAGUUCUACAGUAGUCCAUGAUAGACAAAUUAUAUGUGUAUUCUAUACAGAGAAACUGGUUGGAAUAAAGAGUUUAAUCCUUAUCAUAAAAUGCA